AUGGAUACUCGUGGAUUGGAGAGUUGGACGUCAAUAAUUUCAAAUCCUUGCUCACCGAGGUCCUCUACCAAUGGUCGAACAUUUUUGGAUGAAGUCGAUGCGUGUUUGUAUGAUGGAGUAUCUUGUUCUGACUCCAAGCUGACACAAGAAUGUGAGCUUUGGAAAGAACGUUUCCCGCAUCUCCGACUAGUUGGUAAACAAAUAAAUCCACCGCGACACGAGCCACAACAAGACGACUUCAGAAAUUUGGUCGCUUCAAUUUUGAUAAACGAACAAGCUCUUUCAAAAAUACAGUUAACAAAUGCUCCUAAACAACGACUACUCAAUCGUCCACAAAUGAAAAAA